AUGCCACCGAAAGGCUCGAAAAGGUCGUCCAAAGCGGCAGCUGCCGAGCAGCCAAUGGACAUCGACGAGCCAUCUAGCUCGCAGCCACAGGCUAGCGGCAGCAUCUCCAAUGAUCCGGUCGCUGCCAGCAUCAUCUCCGACUCGCAGACCUCAGCAGCCGUAGACAAGCGCCGUCUCGUCGAGAUCCUACCAGAACGUGUCGGUUCCGUCGCCAACACCGAUUUUCCUCUCCACCACCCAGGCGAGAACAACGCUUUCUCGCUCGCAUCUGCCAACGAUAAGCUGAAAGUCAUCGUGACGCGCCUAUCGGAUGCGUCGUGCGAGUUCGACCUCAUCGGUGUCGAUGCGUCCAUUGCGAAUGCCGUGCGCCGAGUGCUAAUGGCCGAAGUACCGACGGUGGCCAUCGAGCACGUGUACAUCUGGAACAACACAUCCAUCAUCCAGGACGAGGUGCUUUCGCAUCGAUUGGGGCUGGUGCCACUGGCGAUCAACCCGGACAAGGUGCUCAUGCGCAUGCCUGGCGACGACGCGGAUGACAGCAACACCGUCGUCUUCCACCUCAAAGCCAAGUGCGAGCGCAACAGGUCAGCUGCUCGAGGCGAGACCGACCCGGACAAGCUGUACAUCGGCCACAAUGUCUACUCGGAGCAGCUGCAGUGGGAUGCCAAGGGAGGUCAGGACGAAGAUUUUGCUGAUUCCCCACCUCGCCCCGUCCACGACAAGAUCCUCAUCGCCAAGCUCCGUCCCGGCCAAGAGCUCGAUCUGGAGCUGCACUGCGAAAAGGGUAUCGGCAAGGACCACGCCAAAUUCUCUCCCGUUGCAACAGCGACCUACCGCCUGCUCCCCCACAUCCAGCUCCUCCAACCCAUACCCACCGAGAACAUCGACAAAUUCGUCGCCUGCUUCCCACCCGGCGUCAUCGGCGUCGAGGGCUCAGGCUCGGAACGCAAAGCCUUCGUCAAAGACGCACGCAAAGACACCAUCUCAAGAGAGGUGUUUAGGCACGAGGAGUUUGAGGACAAGGUCAAGCUCGGCCGCGUCAGGGAUCACUUUUUGUUCGAUCUCGAGAGUACAGGCAUCAUCAAGCCCGAGAGGCUUUUGCCCGAGGCGAUCAAGACGUUGCGCAGCAAGAUCGCGACGUUGAGGAAGAGCUUGGAUCACUUGGAGACGAGGGGGCUGGACACGUCCAUGGCGGCUUAG